AAAAACAAGUCAGGAAAACAACACGCCCGAUCUUGUGUAUAGUUUGCUAUAGUGUUAGCCCGUCAAAUCGCUUUGCUCUGCAUAAUGGACAAGCGGGAGCUUUUUGAAGUAAAGGACGAUGAAGAACAACGAGCAAAAUUGCAGGACAUUUGCGAUUUGCUGUUGGCAGCGGGCUACUUCCGCGUUAGGCUAAAAGGAUUGUCUGCAUUCGACAAAGUGGUAGGAGGCAUGGUGUGGUGCUUGGAACUUUGCGCAGUUGGUGUUGACGUCAACUUCCUAUUCCGAGAAAAUCUGAAUAUUGGUGAAAAAAUUGAAAUCACUGAAAAAAUCAUCAAUGUCUUGCUGUCAAUCAAGUGUGCCUAUGCACUGGAACCUCACCAAAUCCAAGGUCUUGAUACAGUCAAAAUCCUCCCAGUCAUGCAAUGGUUGGUCAAGAAAGCCAUGGAGACGAGGGAAUCUUUGAACGACCACUUAAGAAAAAUAGCUGAUUUGCAGUACCAGAAGACGUUUCCUUUACCAGAAUCAGAAGCAAAGCUGAAAGAAACAGCCAACCAUUUGCCUACAGUGUUCCUUCCACAAAGGAAGUUCAAGAAAGUGCAGGGUCAAUCCCUGCCAUUAGAGAAAGAGGUUAUUUCAACUCUUAUGGAAUAUGGCUGCAACAAAGUCAACCUGCUCGAUGACAGCCAGCAGCUGAUAGAGAAAACAGAGGUGAAGAGCGAGAAAAAGUUGGAAAAUCGAGCGAUCGCCCACAAAGUUAGCAACCUUAUCCACCAGCAAGCUGAUCUAAUCAGUCAAACAAUCGAGGACUACACUCAACGCCAGAACGAACGCGAAGGUGAAAGGGAUGAACGAGCCCAUUUGCAAGAACGCAAUAAGAAAACAUCUGACGCGUUGGAACGCGUGUGCAAUCAAAUAGCUUCCCAACAACAGGUGAUGGACCAGCUGAAAACUAAAAUCGUCGAUCUUAUCGCGUCUGAACAAGUUCUAGACGAACAGAAGAAAUCGUUGGCAGCCUUGGAGACGGAAGAGAACCGCCAGACCUUGGAUCAGCUUGAUCGCCUCGUGAGCCAGAACGAAGCGGCCAAUGCACAGCGGAAGCAAUUUAAAAAUCAAUGCAAAGCAGAACUGGAAGAACUGCAGUCACGCAACGAAGCGUUGAGCAAAGAGGAAGCUCCGGCGAAUCAAGAUCAACUCAAGCGGCAAGUGGACAGCGCCCGCGAGCAGCUGGCCGGCGCCUUAAAGACGCUAGGCGAGAAGAACGUAAAUUUGCUGAAGCUGCGCCGCCAGUUGGACGCCGUGCCGGGCAACGCCGAGCUUAACCAAUACCAACGUCGGUUCACCGAACUAUGCACACAAGUCAAUGAGAAGCAAACGGAAUUGAAUGGUUAUUACCUGUUGUACAACACGUUGGAGGACACGAAAGUCUAUUUGAACAAAGAGCUCUCACUGCUGACCUCAAUUCACGACAAAUUCAGUCAGUCCAUGACGAGCUCGGUCGGCAAAGGCGAAUUCCUCCAGCAAAUGGAGAAGAUUGUCUCGGCCGUCAGGCAGAACAAGAAUAAGAUAGAGAAGCAGAUCGAAAUGUUGACAGAAAAACACCAGGAUCUGGGCCGUUGCCUUGGCCAGUUUGCCGUUGAUGAGCACCAAUACCGAGACACGCUCAAGGCCAUCAGCAACGAGAGUCAGAAAUACAAGCAGUUGAUGUCGCAGCUGAACGAUCACGACAAUUAACAACCGCGAGCCAACGUUGCGAAACGCCUAAAAAACAAAAUUGCUUGGGUUAGGAAUUGUCAAGUGGAAUUCUUAUACGAUGUUUCAUGUGAUAUUACUCUAUAAAAACAUUUGCAUUCCGCGCAUGCCAAAUAUUUAACGAUGACGCUAGAAGA